UCUACUAUUCAGUGCGUUCAUAUCAAACCACAAGGAAAUUACCUGCUCUCCUUAUUCGUUGCCAUAAAGUUAACUGAAAUGGCUUUUAAUCAUUUAUCUAUUCGAAACUUGAUGUUAUUCGGUCUUUUGAUCCUCAGCGGGGUUGAUGAUAUCAGCGGAACAACGGGAUCUACUUUAAAGGCUGUUUCAAUGCUCUUUCGGCAUGGAGAUCGAUCUCCUACGAUGUCGUAUCCAUUGGAUCCUUACCACGACUAUCCUUGGCCAGGUGGAUACGGAGCAUUAUCGCCGAGAGGAUUUAACGAACUAUUUGGUUCCGGAUUGAUAAAAUCCACUCGAUAUUCAUCUCUUCUUUCUAUUAAUUGCGACACAGAUGCUACAUGUACCAUGGAUCUCGAUAAAAUUUUGGUUUUAAGCAGCGCAAUCCAACGGUGUGUCGACAGCGUUCAAAGUUUCUUGAAUGGAUUUGUUAGAGUCGAUUGGCCCUCAAGUCUAGUUAACGUCAUCCCACAAGAUCAGGAUGAGAUGUUAGCUGCACCAGGAAAGCCAUGCCCUAAGUACGAAGACAUUAUAACAACUGGAGUUGGUUUCGACGAACCUGAGUUCAAGACAAUUAUAGAUUUCGAAUCAACAGAGGGUCAAGAAUUAUUAGAUUAUCUCCAGAACAACACCGGCCUCACAAUGGAUUCGCCCAUCAUUCUACUCCUUCUUGAGGAUACUCUACUGAUUGAAAAAGACAACAAUCUUCAACUACCUGCUUGGACUGAUUCUGUUUUUGAGCAAUACCUUGUACCACUUACUUCCGCUUUCUUCGACAUUUCCGGCUCUUCGGAAUAUACGAAAAUUCGCAGUUCAGCCCUGUUUAGGGAUAUGACAACCAGACUUGAUAAUUUGAUCGCUGGAUCUGAUGACCAGAAUAUUUUGUUGUAUUCAGCCCAUGACGCGACUGUUGCUGGAAUGCUUCAUUUCCUUGAAGUUCGAGAUCAAACUGUUGCCAGACCAACCUAUGCGGCAUCCAUAAAUGUGGAGCUUCAUGAAAAUCAGGACAUAGUGGACGAUUAUGAAGUGAAGUUGAUAUACUUUGCAUCUUACGACGACCAGAAUCCUAUUGAAAUCGACAUUCCCGAUUGUCAAGCACCAUGUCCUUAUAAGCUAUUUAAGUCGAACAUCCAACCGAGACUUACACCUGAUUAUGAGACAGCCUGCUCCCAAUGAUGGACUUCCAAAUAUUGACUAUUAACGGAAACUA